AUGGCUUCCUCCUUGCGCCGCAUCAUCCCUGCGCGCAUCGCAAACACAGGCUCGCAGCAGCGCGACCAUCAUGCCAACGAGCGCACAUUCCUAUCAUGGACGCGUGCGGGCCUCGGCUUCGCGGCUAUGGCGCUUGCUCUGGACCGUCUAGACGCCAUGGACAAGUUCAUCACCCAGAAGUUGGGCGGAGCGCUCAUGGCGCCCCAGCAGACGGGGGUACCUUCCCCUCACGAAGAGAAGCAAGAGAAGCCUAGCAAAGAUAGCAAAGAUACGAAGCACGUUUCAGACCCGAAGCAUUCUCAUCUGCAAACCAUGGGCCCUAGGGUGAUUUCUCAGGCCUUGACUGCCACUCGAAUUUGUCAGUUCCUUGGGGUUUGGUGUCUCGGAUAUGGCUUCUUCCGAUACUGGUCGAUGAGGCGGUAUUUGAUGAUGGGACAGUUCGUUCCUGCGUUUUGGGGACCUGUUUUCAUGACUGUUGGAAGCUUUAGCGCGUUUAUGAUGUUGGGGUUGCAGAUGGAUCAGAGGCAUUCUCACCAUUCGUGA